CUCCUGAUUUUCUCUUCUCUUCCCCCCCCUCCCAAAUAUGUUGGGGUCGCUUCCCUGCCCCAGGUGUCUAGCGGGAACCUGCUUGCCAUUCUGAACCGACACUACCAGGAUCUUUCCUGCCUGGCCUUCACAGACGACAGCAGCCACUUCCUCUCUGGAGCGAAGGACAGCCUCGUGAUAGUGUGGAACCUGUACAGCGUGCUGCAGGCCGAGAACGCCCAGAGCCCAGAGCCCCGCCAUGUGUGGUCGAGACACAGCCUUCCCAUCACGGACCUCUGCUGCGGCAUGGGCGGCCCCAUGGCCCGUGCCGCCACGGCCUCCCUAGAUCAGACGGCGAAGCUUUGGGAGAUCUCCUCUGGCGACCUCCUCCUCUCUGUCGUCUUCGACGUGGGCGUCCUGUCGGUGACCCUCGACCUCACGGAAUACCACAUGUUCUGUGGUGGCAUGGACGGCUCCAUCUUCCAAGUCAACCUCUGCGCCUGGCCCGUGCAAAGGGAGAGAGGCUUCCAGACAGAAAGGGAUUCUGCCAAGAUCUUCAAAGGGCAUCGGAACCAGGUGACGUGUCUCUCCGUCUCCACCGACGGAAGCCUGCUCCUGUCCGGCUCGCAUGAUGAAACCGUCCGGCUGUGGGACAUCCAGAGCAAGCAGUGUCUACGCACGGUGAAUUACAAAGGUCCAGUCACCAACGCCUUCAUCACCCUGGCUCCAGCCAACAUGCUAAACCCGGAGAGCAAGCCCCGGGUCCCCCUGCCCAAGUUCAGCCGCCACCUCUACACCAUGGAGAACGCGGGGAGCCCUGCAAGCGAGGGGAUGAUGCUGUGCCUCGGGAUGCAUCAGAAGGGAUCCGGAGAGAGCAACUUGGAGAAAAAAGAGCGGCUGUACUCGCAGAUGUGUGCGACAAGAGAAAAGAAUUUGAUGGGCGACCAGGAGCAGCUGAAGAUCCAAGUGACUCAACUGGAGGAAGAGGUGGGCACCUUACGCAAGAUCAACAAAGGCCUCUUCGACUUCUCCAGCCGCCUCAUCAUGAAGCAGGGCAAAUAGCAGGGGGGAUGGACAGACCUGUUCCUCCGAGCCCAGCCUGGUGGCAGCAGAGUGCUGCCCCCCUCGGGACAAGAACCUGGCAGCAGCCACACACAGCGCCUGGGUGCCAAAACCUCUUCCCUGAUCAGAGGGGCAGGAACACUGUUCAUACAUCCAAAAUGGGGGGGGGGGGCAGAGAUGGUGUAAGUCAGGAUGGUUCCAACAGGACAUUGCAAGGAGACAUGGCCUUUCCCCCUUCCUGCUCCUCUUCCUCAAACAAACAGACGGGCCCUU